AUGGGAGAAUUUAGCGAGAAUCACCCAGGAAUGGAACGCAUCCCGACCGUUGAAGACGUUAGGCUGGCUGUCCAAUAUGGUGUGCAGAGCGUUCUUCUGAGUAACUAUGGGGGCCGCCAGAUUCACUCUGCUUCAACCACCUUGAUGACGCUCCUAGAACCCCAGGUUUACUACCCAGAGGCAUUUGACAAGCUCGAGAUCUAA